AAAUCUUACAAUGUUACACACGUCUUUGCAAAUGCAAAGAACAUCGAAAGAAAUCUUAAAACUACUUUAAAUCUUAACACAAAAAUCUUACAAUGUUACACACGCCUCUGCGAAUGCAAAGAACAUCGAGAGGAAUCGUAGGAAAAAGAGGAGGAAUGUGAAAACCUUAUCACUACUUCCAGAACUGGAGAUGAAUCCGAAAAUAUUUGAAAUCGGCGAAUCUUCGUUACUCGGGCUACGAACGAACAGGGUGGGGGGCGUCGCCCUGUCGCCGGUCAUUCGAUCCGCUCCUGGCGCCGGGUGCUUGGGCGAGCCGCGGCGGGUCUAAGUAAAUGGAAUUCGGAUCGUUCAGUUGCCUGUAACCGGCUCGAAGAACCGAACGUGUUUCGUUCGCGCGUCGUAUCACCGAGGACCGCUCUGAGCUAGAAUGAUCUUGUACCUGGCGAAUCGAAAGAGUAUUGGAAUAUUUAGUAAAUUGAAAUUACGGUGUUACGACAAAUCUUUGCGCGACAUACGAUACAUUUUUCAUUCGUGUUCGUCGUCGUCUUGUUCUUGAAAGAAGCAGCGAAAUCUGGUGGUUUAAAUAGCCUGAAUUUUAAAACAAUUGGUUCGACGAGAAUUCUACACCUACUGCAUUAAACAACUCGAAAAUAAUCAGCACCGAGGUGCGAAUUAUCUCGCGUUUUAAAUAAAAUACGCAAAUUGCGAAGCAGACGUAGCCGAGUAAAAGGAAAGAAAAAAAAAAAAAAAAAAAAGGAAGAGAAGAGAAGAGAAGAGGAGGAAUUCGCUGGUGAAUCGCGGAGGUUCGCGCGCGCGCGCGCGUAAAAUAGAAAAAUUAUCUAAUAAUAAUUAAUAAACGAAUCUGGUAUUCGCGAAUAGUAAUUAAACUAUCUUAAUUUAAAGAGAAAAUUAAACAAGUUUCUUUUUGGUUUUUUUUUUUUUUUUGGUUUUUUAAUUAAGUCGAAGAAUUAUUAUUUUUUUUUUUUUACAAUUUUCUUGUUGCAACGCAAGAAACACCACCCCUAAAGGAUAAGAAAUACACCCUCUGAUUAAGAGUGCGCAUGAGUAAUCACACUUGGUUUUUGGAUUAUCAUUACAAAGGAAAAACAAUGCCGGUACCAACGUGGGAUUGUCCCGAAUUGGGUCUAUUGGACGAACCUCUGGACACAGCAACGGUUGUUUCCGAGGAUAUAUGGAAAAAAUUCGACCUAGAUUUUCCCCAGGCAUUUUCCGCCGAGCAAUAUCACACGACGAUAGAAGACGGGAUUUUACCGUCUUCCGGGUACGAUCCGUACGACAGAACGACGACGUACGGUUACGAAAAAUCAUUGUCUUCGUCUCGUUCGGCCGAAGCUGGUGAAAUUCGACAUCACGAUUGUAUGUGGGCAGGACUUUGCAUAAGCAAAGAACACAACAGGACGCAUCCAGCCAAGAAGGAUGUACAGAUACACAAGAAGGUACCCGCUGGUCGGAGUCUUUUGAUAAACCGAAAGCCAACGAACGGCAACAAUUCGUCCGCCCAGAGUUUGAACGCGUUGAAUUGCACGGUUGUUAAGAAUUUGGAAAGUGACGGGGAUUCGACGAGGCCGGAAACCCCUCAAAGUUGUGAAUCGGAGACCGACGAGUCCGAAGACGAGGUACCCCAAUUUCGUCACGAUUCCAUUAGCAUAAACGAAAAACUCUCCGAAUAUUUGGGAGACGUUGCAACAGCGACAAAUGCCGCUCCCGUGAGCGAGGUAACGGGACAACUAGUGAGGAGGACGUUAACCGACAAAAAAUCUCAUCAAAGGUCCCUCUUCGAUCAUCAUCGUAGAAAUCAUGGUUCCGUCAACGAACACUCCAGACAUCAGCAAGAUAUCCAAAAAAAUUACACGAAUAAUAACCAUACGAACAACACGACGAACAUCGUAUCGUUGGGAGAUCAUUGUUACCACCUCAACCAGACGUCGAGCAGUAAAAAGCUCGACCAUCUCGGUGUCCAAACGCCUUCCGAUUCCGAGGAGGAAAUCGACGUGGUGACAUUCGACAAACCGUGCAGACCGGCGUCCUUACCGACGAAUCCGAGUGCGGCUGACAAACAGCAUCUUCAAAAUACGGUAACGUCAGCAUUAAAGGAUAAAUCACCGCCAAGACCGCGCGGUCGUCCUCCGUCGAACGCCCCGAGAAAACGUUCGGCCCAAACAGAUCCGAAACCGGCAAAAAGACCGAAGCAUAAAACUUACCAAAAGCGUAGUAAGAUUUACAACAAUUCCAAUAACACGAACGGGAAUAUAAGCAGCGGCAGUAGCGGCAGUAGCGGCAGCGGCAGCGGUAGUGGAAACAGUAGAAACCUGAGCUUGGAAAGGGUUGAUUUCAAAUUCGAUAGAAUAUCCGGUGGCGAGAGGAACAAUUGCACGUCCGAUUUCAGAUCGAUGUCGGGUGGUAGUAGUUCGACGAACGACAGGAAUAACGAAAGAUUCGAAAGACAGAGUCACAGUAGCGGUAGCAGUAGCGGUGGUAGUAGUAGUAGUAAUGCGAAAUCGAUGCAAUCGAGCACCAUGUCGAGAAGUAGUUCGGACGACGAACCGGACACGGAAAAGAGGAGUCUUCACAAUAACAUGGAAAGGCAAAGGAGGAUAGAACUUAGGAAUUCGUUCGAAGAGUUGAGAGUUUUAGUUCCUGAGGUUGAAAUGAAAGAAAAAGCGCCAAAAGUUGUUAUACUGAGACAGGCUGCUGUAUAUUGUGAUAUGCUUACGGAAAUGGGACAAGCUACCUUAGCGACCGUUAACGAACUUAAAAGACGACAGGAUCGUCUUAGAACUAAACUUUGUCAAUUGAGGAAAAGAUUCGCCGCUGCUCGUUAGGAAACAAUUUUCAACAAUAGAAAAAACAAAAUAAAACAAAUCUUUUCAGUUUUCUUAUACGUCGCAUGGAUCAUCGUUCGAUGACAUGGAUUCGGAAAUUUUGAGGGAAAAAAAUUGACAUAUUUAUACGUGAAUAACUACAUAUAAAAAUUUUACUGACUAAACUGACCCAUAUAAAUAAUUCUCGUUUAAAAAAAAAAAAAAAUUUUUCUCUUGAAAUAUUUUUUUCCGCCAAUUAUUUGUACCUUCUUUCUCUUUUUUUUCUUCAUUUCUUCUGUUCUGAAUCGAAACUUUACGAAUCACAAAUUUUCGAUGAACCUCCGAUAUACUUACGUUGACAUGAAAAGUAAAUAAAAUUUGAAGAAAAAAAUUAGUAUAAAAAAUUCAUCAAAUGAUACAAAUCACGUGCCACGGUUUUAACAACAUUUAAUUAUAAAAGAAAAUUUAAUUCUCUUAUUUUAUUAUUAUUAUUGCUAUGUUUUUUUUUUUUUUUUUCUCUUUGAAAAUAAAUAAACGCAAGUACAUAUAGUUUAAGCGUAGAUUUUGAUUAUGAUUGCGAUCACUAUUCUUAUCGUUGUUAUCAUUGAUAUCGUUGACCCGAAUAAAUCGGCGGGUCGUCAUUGUCCUCGCGGAAUAUCGGGAAGAAUUAUAAUUUCAACUCUAAUGUUGAAAGAAAAAAAAAUAAUAAUGAUAAAUAGGAAUCCAAAAAAAACGUGGAUAACUAAUAAUCAUUGAUUCCUCGCAAAAUGGUUAAUAAAUAAUGUUCUAUGCUUCUUCUCAAUCAUUUCUAUGAUUCAUGUAAAUACACAAGUAAUUAUUAAUCGCCAUAAUUAUCGGAUGUGAUUUCUUUUUGAUUUUCUGAUUUUUUUUUUUUUUUUAAUAGUCCAUCAGGGGUUGGUACGAACAUAUAUAUUACACAUAUAUAUGUUAUAACGAUGGAGAAUUAAGCUUUAAAUACAUACACACAUAUAUAUAUAUAUAUACAUAAAUAUUAUACGAGCAUAAACUUUAUUAAUGAUAAUAAUUUACGUGGUAAAUCUUUUAAAACUUUACAUAAAAAUACAUAAAUUCACUUCCUAUAUCUUGUAAAUAUAGUAUAUACAUUUAUAUAUAAAUCUAUAUAUAUAGAUAAAUAAUAAAACACACCCAUACACACGUUUUAUAAUAAACAUUUUCUUUCUCUUUUUUUUCUGUUUUAAUAUUAUUGAUGUUGUUGAUACCAUUAUCACUAUCAUUAUCAUUAUUAAUAAUAGUUGGCUAGGAUAAAAAAUAAUGGAAUACAAAUUAAUAUACGCGAACCAUCUUUAAAGCAUCAUUAUCAAUUUUAUUGUAAUUGUUAUGAUGAUGACAAUUAUUGUUGCUGUUAUUAUUAUUACUAUAUUACUUUUAUUAUUAUUAUUAUCAGCAUUAUCCAAACGCCUCUCGCUGUGUAAAUAAUUACGUAUAAGACCACAACUACAUGAAUAAAUCAUUAAAUAAAUGAAUAAACAAACGAAUAAAUAAAUUAACGGUAUAUAUUUUAUAGAUUAUUAAAUUACAAUGAUGCGUUUCAUCAUUUGAUAUAACUGCUGGAAUAGAAAGAAAAAUAGGAAAAAAUCAACAAAAAGAGAAGAGCAAAAAUUUUAGCCAACAGCGGUUCUACAUAUAUUAUAACUAGUGGCUUACCUCGCUAUUUUGAUUACACAUUAGAUAUAUAUAUAUAUGAUAUAUAAACAUUGUUAUCUUAUAUACCAACAAAUAAAUAAAUAAAUAAAUAGGUAAGUGAAUAAUGAAAUAAUCUAUAUAGCAAACUAAUUUACCUCCAGGACGUACCGAUAAUUUUUAUACUAUACAUUAUACAUAUACCCAUAUACUAUACACUUAUCCAUGCAUAUUACUAUUAUGGGUCGUCCAAAGAACUUUAAAAGUCUGGUUAACUGAACUCGCUCUAUAAUAUACAUAUGAUGAUAAUAAAAACGCAAAAAUUGAGAAGAAAUGAAAAAAAAGAUAAUUAAUCGAGAAACUUUGAAAAAAUAUGACGCAACAAAACUGAAUACUGAACAUAAAUUAUAUGUACAUACACAUAUAUAUUUAUAAAAAAAACAAAAAAGAAAAAAAAAUUUUUUUAAUUUUCUCAAAUCAUCUUCUCUCCAUCAAAGAUCUCAAAAGUAGUAUACCCUGUCGAUGUUUCGGAAAUUAUUUAUUUAUUUAUUUAUUUCUUUUUUUUCUCCAUCUUUCAUCCCGAUCCACGUACAUAAAUACAAAGUAAACCAAUAAAUGAAUAUUCAUAUAAACGAACGAAUAGCUGUAUAAAAAAUAUAAAAUGCUAACAAGAAAACUCUCAUGUACCUCGCCAAUAAUACCUAUUUAGAUCUCGAAUUUUCAUGCAAUUCUUCGAUUCCGGAAGAAAAGGAAAGAAAUGAAACAAAAAUGUAAUGAUAUUCAAAAUAUAUAACCUCAAUAGUCAUAGUGAUAAUAAUAACAAUAAUAAUAACAACAACAACAACAACAACAAUAAUAGUUCUAAUAACAAUAAUGAUGAUUUUUGUAGCAAUAAUUAAAAUUAUAGCCGGGCGUGUUUAAUGGCGAUCGGAUGUACACGUAAUUACACAAUAAUAGUAACUUAUUAAAAUACAUUAUGAAUAACGAAAGCUAUUAUUUGAUCGCAAAGAUAUUUGAAUAUGAUUAAUUAUAAUUACGACAAAUAGAUACACUUGCAUAAUGAAUAUAUUAAAUUUAUAUUUGUAAACAUAUAAAAUUUAUGUAUAAAAAUUUAAAACAAAAUGACUAAGAAUUAACGUAUAGUUGACACGCUUGGUAUAAUUACAUUCGAUCAAUAUACUUAAUCGAUCGAUAAAAUAUAAUGAAAAUGGUAAAGGACAUACACGUUUGAAACUAUUAAUUUCUUUUGUCUUUAGGAUUUGAUUUUUUUCUUUCUUUUCACCCUGCCCAUCGAGUUAUGGAUCGUUCCCGGUUUGAUAGUCGGGAUUUUUUAUUUUUUUAUUUUAAUUACUUGGGUUUUUUUUUUUUCUCCAUUGCCUUUAUCUGGCCAAUGCCAAUAAUCACAUAAUGCAGCAGCAGCUAACUCGAUUGUCUUAAAUAUCGGACCCCAUAAUAUGUUUAAAAAUGGUCCGCAAUUUUUUCGGUAGUACCCCCCUUACGCGCGAAUCCAUUUUCAGGUUCCGCACGUUACGGUUUUCGCUUUUUUCGUCUAAUUGUAAGUUCAUUUUUCAUUUCUUACUUUCUAACUGAUAUUUAUUUAUACCGAAAUAUUUCUUUACAUACUGCACCGCCGCGUAAAAUUUUUUUUUUACAGGCAAUACACGUAUUUUCGUAUGACAGGAUAUAUGCUUGACGGUUAGGUUAUUACCGAAAAUUUAAUUGUAAUACAGAGUGAUAAAUAAAUGAUAUAUGAUAAUGGAUAUAAUGAUAAUCAUGAAAAUCAGAUAUAACGAAACUAACGUGAAAACAAAAUUUGGAAAUCAAAUCGAGAGAAAACGAAAAACACAAUAACCUAAUAGGACACUCUGUUAUUCGUUAUUAUCAUUAUUCCUAUUAUUAUAAUCCUUUUUUUUUUAAUUUUUAUUAGGGUAUAGAAUUAUAGUCGUUUUAAAGAGAUCUCCUUUUAAAUAUACAUAUAUGAUAUGAAUUAGAGGAAAGACAAUUAAUAAAAAAAAAAGAAAUGAAAAAAAAAAACAGAAUGCAUAAAGAUAAAAAAAGAGAAAGAAGAGAAGAAAAUAAAAUAAAUAUCGAUAAAAACAAUAAAUAUGAUUAUCCGAAAGACAAUGUACAAUAUAUACGCGGUAUAUUAUAUACAUAAAAUUUUGCAGAAAAAUAGAAAAAAAAUGAUAAAAAAAUGUACAUGACUGCACUUAACCAGCACAGAGACACGGGUACAUAAUGUGAGAAAUAAAUUUAUUAUGUAUAUUACAUAUUUGAAAUGUGAAGCCGAAAUAGAGAAAAAAUAAAAUAAAAAAACUCACACUCGAUUUACACGAACAAUAAUUUUUGCUAACCUGUAACUAGCAUAUUAUACCUACCAUGCAAGCAAAAAAAAAAAAGGAAGAAACUAAACUACAAAUACGAAUACAUAUUAUCUAUAUCUAUAUAUAUGAAUAUCUAAUAUUAUUGAUUAUAACUUAUCUUUGAUAUUUUAUAUUCUAUAUACGAAUAAGAGAAAAAAAAGGUAAAAAAAAAGCAAAAAAAAAAAAGAAUCAACUACCUAAUUUAAGAACUAAAUAACAACGGUAUAAUUAUUAUUAUCAAUCAAUAGUAAUAAUUAUUAUUAACAAUUACAUAUUAUAUAUAUAAAUUUAUAACGUCGAAAUGAGAGAUAGAGAAAAGGAAGAUCGAGAUGGAGGUUGAAAAGAAAUGUGACGAAGGGGUGGAGAUAUACGCGUUAAAAAAAUGUGUUCAUUACAUAUAUAGGUGACCCUAGUUCAUAGUUCAGUAUUUGUUUAAAAUAAAAUGAAGAAAAAGGAAAAAAAAAAGAAAUUUUACAACGCGAUAUAUAACAGUAAUAGUAAGAUUAUUAAUAAUAAUAAUAAUAAUAAUAAUAAUAAUAACUAAUUCACAACAAUGAUGAUGAUAAUGAUGAUGAUGAUAAUGAUGAAAAUUUUAAUGAUAACAGUAGUAUAAUAACGAUAGUAAUAUUAAUAAUAAUAUUACGAUAGAUGAUAAGUUUUAUACGAAGUAAAGUAGAUUUUGAAAACGAAAUGAAGAAAAUAAUAGAAAUGAACAAAAAAAAUCACACACGAACAUAUAGAAACAAUGAUUAUUCAAUUAGGUAGAUUCGACUAACGAAUAAAAAUGGUACACACGCUCUAUUAGUUACACUACCUAUAAUGACGUAUGUAUAUGGAAAAAAAUUUGAAAAAAAAAAAAAACAAAAAUGGGAAAACUAAAUCGCAAUUCAAGUGCUUCGUAUAUGCAUAGUGACUAAAAGUUAAUGGUAUAGAUAUUUAUAUGUUAUUGAAUGGCUAAAGAAAAAUGAGAAUCAUUUUAUACGUAUAUCCGCAGAACGAGUACAGUUGGUAUAGUAUAGAUAGUACGUGCAUAACUGAUUUUGCAUUAGUUCUUCAAGUCAAAGUCGGUGGAAAUUAGGAAAAAAUUAAACAAAUAAAAUUGAAAAAAAAAA